CGGGCGAGCUGCAGGGGUUGCCCGGUGGCCACGGGGCCGCCAUGCCCGCCAAGUCCAAGUACAACCUGGUGGACGACAGGCACGACCUCCGCAUCCCCCUGCACAACGAGGACGCUUUCCAGCACGGGAUCUGCUUCGAGGCCAAGUACAUCGGGAGCCUGGAUGUGCCACGGCCAAACAGUCGGGUGGAGAUCGUGACAGCCAUGAGGAGGAUCAGGUAUGAGUUCAAAGCCAAGAACAUCAAGAAGAAGAAAGUGAGUCUCAUUGUGUCAGUGGAUGGUGUGAAGGUCAUUCUGAAGAAGAAGAAGAAGAAAAAGGAGUGGGCCUGGGAUGAGAACAAAAUUUUGUCAUGCAUGGAUCCCAUCUACAGAAUAUUCUACGUGUCACACGACUCCCAGACCUUGAAGAUCUUCAGCUACAUUGCCAGGGAUGGGUCUAGCAAUGUCUUCAGGUGCAACGUCUUCAAAUCCAAGAAGAAGAGCCAAGCCAUGCGCAUUGUCAGGACAGUGGGACAGGCAUUUGAGGUCUGUCACAAGCUGAGCCUGCAGCACACCCAGCAGAACGCAGAUGGGCAGGAGGAUGGAGACAGCGAGAGGAACGGGGACGACCUGGAUGUCCCAGCUUGUCGCCUGCCCGGGGCUCAGAGGGUGACAACCUCUGCAGAAGAGACCGACAUCGAUGCCGUGGAGCUGCCCCUGCCCGGAGCCGACAUCCUGGAUUUCAGCCGCGGCGUGACCGAUCUCGAUGCCGUGGAUAAACAGGCGAACAGCAAGAGCUGCCUCCACCCUGAGGACAUCCUCACAGCUUCCCCCAAGAUGCUGCUGCCCUCGGCUGCCCAGCUCCCUGACCUGGGGACUCCUCUCUCUGCCCAUCACCAAAUGCAGCUCCUCCAGCAGCUCCUGCAGCAGCAGCAGCAGCAAACUCAAGUGGCAGUGGCUCAGGUCCACUUGCUGAAGGACCAGCUGGCUGCAGAGGCAGCAGCAAGGCUGGAGGCCCAGGCUCGGGUGCAUCAGCUGCUGCUCCAGAACAAGGAUUUGCUGCAGCACAUCUCACUCCUGGUCAAACAAGUGCAGGAGCUGGAGCUGAAGCUGGCAGGAAACACCACCACAGGCUCCCAGGACAGUCUGCUGGAGAUCACCUUCCGUUCCAAUGCCCUCCCCAUCCUCUGCGACCCGACCACCCCGCAGCCUGAGGACACCCACCCGCCACCCCUGGGCCCCAGCUCGGGUUUUCCCAGCACCCUGGGGAGCCCCAUAGGUAGGAAUGACUGUCUGGUGAAGCUGGAAUGUUACCAUUUUCUGCCAGAUUCUUCGGGGCCACCUGCCCCAGAGCCAGCAUUGGGCAGUCUGGAGGUCAUCAAAUUCCGGGAGUCGGGAAUCGCCUCCGAGUACGAAUCCAACACGGACGAGAGCGAGGAACGUGACUCCUGGUCCCAGGAGGAACCACCACGCCUGCUCCACGUCCAGCCCAGGCAGGACUUGGGUGACAGCCUGGAUGAUGAGAUAGCAGUGUAGGGAUGGGCAGGAGGUGGUGAGGAGCAGCUGGGAUCUACCGGUGCUGGGGCAGCGCUGGCUGUGGCAUCCCGGGUCCUGGCAGGGACAGGACAGCCUGGAGGAAGAGGAGGUGGAGGUGGGAAUGUGAGGCUUUUCCAGGUGAAGGUGUGAGGAUGGAAUCGUGCCAAGGGGGGGUAUGCUGGGCGUGCUGUGCUCCAGCACUCCUGGGUUUGUGUGGGGAGCUUGGAGCAUCCCUGCUUCGUGUUGGGUGAUGAGCUGACCAAGUGUCCGUGUGGUCCCCAAGUCCUGUGCCUCUGGGAGCUGCAUCUGGAGGGGAGGUACAGGCAAGGGACUCCCUGUCACUGAGCCACUGGUGCUGCUGCAGGGGGGAGCUGUAAAUCAGGUGAAGGGCUUUGCUGGGGCAACGAG